AUGCUGCUGCAUUGCUGCUGCGUUGCUGCUGCGUUGUUGCUGUGCUGUUGCUGCGUUGCUGCUGCGUUGCUGCUGCGUUGCUGCUGCGUUGCUGCUGCGGCUGCACUUCCAGGGGAGACAGUGGGCUACCACGUGGAAGAGGAGGAGCCGGUGAAGUCCACGAAGACGCAGUUGCUGUUUGUAACUGCUGGAGUGCUGCGGAAGUACAUCUCGGGCGCGCUGCAGCAGCUGCAGCAGCAGCAGCAGCAGCAGCAGCAGCAGGCGGACGAGGGCCCCCACAGGGGGCAGGAAGGGCAAGAGCGCAGCAGCAAUGAGGCUGUCUUUUUUCCAGACUUUCUGCUGCUCGAUGGGGCCCAGGAAAGGACUGCAGACUGCGACUUGUCUUUGCUGCUGGCGAAGCAGCUGAUAGUUAGGGCAACAGCAGCAGCAGCAGCAGCAGGGGAGCAGCAGCCGCCGUUCCGGCUGGUGGUCAUGUUUGCUGCUGCUGACGUGAAGGAGUUUGCUGCUUUUCUUUCAGCAAAAAGCCUCAACUCCUUCCAGGCCGGGCUUUCGGCGAAAGCAGACGAGGCGGCGCUGCAGCAGCUGCUGCUGCCGCUGCAGCAGCUGCUGCUGCCUGGCCUGGAGGGCCGCAGGGGAGCCGCAGCAGCAGAGCAGCUCAGGGGCUUGGCCAGCAGCUUGCUGCUGCCGCUUGCUGCGCUGAAGAGCAGCAGCUCCACUCCGCCCGUGGCCGUAGCCGAGGAACAGCAGCAAGUAGGAGCAGCAGCAGCAGCAGCAGCAGCAGCAGCAGCAGGCCCCUUCAACUCUGAAGAGGUCUUGAGCAGCAACUUCUUGCUGCUUCCGGGGAAUCCCACUUUCCCAGUUGAAGAACUUUUCUGGGGAGGCCCUCUAAAGCUGCUAUCCAGCUUGCCUGCAACUGCAGCAGCAGCAGACCUCCGCGCUGCUGCCAGCCCUGCACUGCUGCGCUGCAUGGGCCUGGGGCCGGACAGCAGCAGCAGCAGCAGCAGCAGCAGCAGCAGCAGCAGUAACAGCAGCAGCAGCGGGACCUCGCCCAAGGCCCGCAGCUGGCGAACCGGACUCCACGGCAGUUCCUUCCUCCGCUUUAAAAGUGGGAAGGAGCAGCAGCAGCAGCAGCAGCAGCAGCAGCAGCAGCAGAACUGCAGCAGCGACAGAUUUGAAAUGCCGCAGCUUCACCGUGGGCGCCUCCAGGGGGCAGCAAAUCUGCUGCUGCUCAUCCACGUGCAAUGUUUGCUGCGUGGGGCCCCACAGCCAGCCGUGCUGGUUUUCCUGCCGGGCAAGCUCGAGAUCGCGGAGAUGGCUCGGGCGCUGCAGCAGGCCGAGGCUGCAGCAGCAGCAGCGCUGCAGCAGCAUUUCGGGGGCCGCCCAGGAAGCUGCUGCUGCUGCUGCUGCUGCAGCGCCGCAGGAGAAGCCGGCGUCCGCCCCGCUGCGGCCGAGCCGCGGCAUGCAGCAGCGCAGCAGCAGCUGCAGCUGCAGGUGCUGCAGCUGCACCGCGACGCCCCGAUAGAAUGCUUCAUGCAGGCCCGAAGCCAGCUGUCCAGCAGCAGCAGCAGCAGCAGCAACAGCAGCAGCAGCAGCAUGAGCAGCAGCAUGAGAGUCAUUCUGGCCACGGACUUCGCCGAAAGCAGUUUCACUUUCGCCGGAGUCCAACUUGUCUUCGACUUUGCCCUCGUCAGGGAGAAGUGCCUCAAAGAGCCCAGCAAGACUUGCUGCUACGAGCUGCGGUGGGCGAGCCGCGAAGUGCUGGCGCAGCGCAAGGAAAUAGCAGGCCAGGCCGGGGAAGGGGUCUACAUUUGCUUCGCUUCGCAGCAGCUGUACAAGUCUUUGGAAGUUUUUUCUUUGCCGGAACUGCAGCGGCUUCCUUUGGAGGAGGUUUUUUUGCAUCUCGUGGCCGAUCUUCCGGAUAAAAACACCGAAAAUGCCCUUUUUUGCCUCGCUAAUGCUCCAAAUCCACCUGACGCAUGCAAAACUUUCCAAACUAUUUGCAACUUGGAAGCAGCCGGCGCUCUUGAGCUCGGAUCGCCGUCUUUUCCGUUUUCGCGUUUGACUUCGCUGGGCCACUUGGCUUUGCUGCUGGCUUUGCCAGUAAAUGCUGCUCGCCUGCUGCUUUUUUCCGCAGCACUUGGAGUUUUGCCUGCGGGCUUGUGGGCUGCUGCGCUGCUCCUCAGCAGCAGACCCACGGUCUUCGAACUCCACCCAAGAGGCGGCAAGUCAGCAGCGCUUUCCGACUUGGAAAUUUUGCGAAGAAUUGCAGCUCGUUCCAAAAGGCUUGCUGCUGCGAGCUGCAGCAGCAGCAGCCUCUUUCCCUGGGCUGCUGAGGCGGCACAGCGAAGCCGCAGCAGCUCUGGCACAGCGCCCGAGCGCUGGGGCCCUCCCCGGGGCUCAACAGGGCCCCCGGCUGCUGCUGCUGCUGCUGCUGCUGCUGCUGCUGCUGAGGCAGCCAGCAGCUCCAGCAGCUGCAUCUGGGGGCAAGCCAUUCCGUGCGACAUCUGCGUGGAUGUCGUUGCGCUGCUGCUGCUGCACCGCCGCCAUGGGGAGCGCCUGAAGCUGCUGCUGCAGAGCCACUGCACUGACUGCGCCGCAGCGCAGCACCAGAAAACACAGCAGCAGCAGCAGCAGCAGCAGCAGCAGCGAGGCAGGAGGCGACAGCCGUUUUGCAGGGAACUGCAGCUGCUGGAGCUGGCUUUGGAGGAGAGCGGCGUGUCAGUGCCAGGAGUAGCUGAAGUGGCAUUUCAUUACUUCGACUUAUCCAAAAAGCUGCUGCAGUCAGGCCUUUUGCCUUUCCCGGGGGCCUCCAGAGCAAUUCCAAACUCCCUGCGGGGGCCCGGGGCCCCCCCGGCUGCAGCCGGGGGCCCCGAGAAAGCCUGGGGCCCCCUAGGGGCCCCGGGGCCCCUGGGGGGGCCCCCGGGGGCGCCUCUGGGGGGACCCCCGGGGGGGCCCCCGGGGGGGCCCCUGGGGGGGCCCCUGGGGGGCCCCCCGGGGGGGCCCCUGGGGGGCCCCCUGGGGGCCCCGGAGGCCGUGGAGCGUCUUGUGUGGCGGCUGCAGCUGUCGCUGGGCGCUGCGUGGAUGCCUUUUGGGUUUGGGAAGUGCGAAGACUGUCUUCCCCUCAGCUUUCCGGAUUUGGGGCUGAGAGCCAACUCGCACUUCGUCUUCGACGUUUUGUGCCACGAGGCCUUUCGAGAGCGGCCGGAACUCCGGAGCCGCGCGGCAGUCCUGGAAGCUGCAGCGCAGCGCGCAGCCCCAGCAGCAGCAGCAGCAGCAGCAGCAGCAGCAGCAGCGGCGGCAGCGGCGGCGGAGGCCCCGCGCCCUUGGGGCUGCGCCGCCGAGGAAGGCAGGCCGGCUGCGGGUGCGGGCGCAGCAGCAGGGACCACUGCAGCAGCAGCAGCAGCAGCAGCAGAGACCAGUGGACCACCCACGCGCCGGACUACUGGACCCCCGGAAGCAAGGACCAGUGGACCACUAGCAGCAGCAGGGACCAGCGGAGCAGCAGCAGCAGCCGCAGGGACCCGUGGACCACCAGCAGCAGCCGCAGGGACCAGUGGACCCGCAGCAGCAGCAGCAGGGACCAGUGGCCCCGCAGCAGCAGCAGAGUCCCGCGGGCCGGCGAGGAAGCGGCCUCGGGCGCUGCAAAGCUCUGCUGCAGCAGCAGCAGCAGCAGCAGCAGCAGCAGCAGCAGCCCAGGGGGGGCCCCCUGGAGUGUGGGGCCCCGGGUGUCUCUGCAGCUUGGCGUUUGCUGAAGGCUCUUCGGAAACGCCUUCUCUUCGCCAAGGCCAUUUGGAAGAAGAGGCGCUGCUGCUGCUGGGGACUGCAGCAGCAGCGCACGAGCAGCGGUGGUCUCAGUGGUACUUCGCGAGGGAGCUGCAGCUGCUGCUGCGCUGCAGCAGCAGCCUGCGCUCGCGCCUGCUGCUUGCUGCUGCGCUGCUGCAGAAGGCCGCCCCCCCUCCCCUGCUGCCAGCAGCGCAGCAGCCGCAGCUGCUGGUCAGCAGCUCUUUCCGGACUUGGAUGCUUCAGCAGCAGCAAACGCAUGCAAAGCUUUUGCAAGAAUUCAGCAGCCUGCAGCCCCGCCUGGGGGCCUGCGGGCUGCUGCUGGGGGCCCCCAGCAGCAGCGCGGGGGCCCCAGGCCCGGGGGGCCCCAGCGGGGGCCCCGCAGGCAGCGAAGAGGGGGCCCCUGUGCUGCAGCAGGAGCUGCUGCGGACUGCGCGGGCGCUGGAUGCUUUUGCUGCUAAGCUGCUUCUGUUCUGCUGCAGCAGCAGCAAAACUUGGCAGCUGGCGCAGGCGCUGCAUGCAGCAGUGGCGCAGCAGCGCGGGGCUGCGCAGCUGCUGCUGCAGGCGCAGCAAGGCAGCUGGUCUGCUGCUGCUGCAGGCCCUGCGCUGGCGGCCGUGGACAGGGCCCGAGCAGCUCUUGCUGCUGCUGCUGCAGCGCCGCAGCUCGCAGCGCAGCUCGCCAGCAGCUUAAGUCCUUUUGCUUUUUUUUCUCUCAGUGUGAAGCCCCAGCUGCAGCCAGCGGACUUGCUGCAGUUCGAGGGCUGGGCUUUUGGCUUCAGCGACCCCUUUGCCCCGCUGCAGCAGCAGCUGCAGCAGCUGCAGCAGCUGCUGCAGCCCCUUCUCGGCAGCAGCAGCCGCGCGCUGCUGCCCACCGACCUCCGGGGCGUCGCCGAGGCUGUGCAGAAGCUCAGCAGCAAACCCCAGAGGCAGGCCACGCAGCGGAAGCAGGAAGCAGCAGCCUGCAGCUGCUGCAGCAGCUGCAGCAGCUGCAGCAGCUGCAGCGGCUGCAGCAGCUCGGAGCAGCCCAAAGGCUGGGGCUUCCUGCAGUGCCGGGAGGCCGUAGAAGCCCUGGCAGCAGCUGCAGCAGCAGCGCUAAGUCAAAGACAGCUGGGGGCCCCCGGGGGCCCCCAGCAGCCUGCAGCUGAGGGCAGCAGCGGGGGCCUCAGCGAGCUGCUGGCAGCAGCAGCCGCGGCGACGCAGGCGGUGAGCUCCCACAGACGCAGUUGCAGCAGCUGCAGCAGCAGCAGCAGCAGCUGCGGCAGCAGCAGCUGCUGCAGCAGCAGCUGCUGCUGGCGUCCGCAGCCCCGAGAGCGCAGGGCCCAGCUGCUGGUCUUCGGAGACAGCCGCAGGAGAGCCCUUUUGCAAUGGCUGCAGAGAGCAGCAAAAGGCUUCGGGCUGAAGGGCCUUUUGGGGAAGCAGCAGCAGCAGCUGCGGGGCCCCGAGCUGCGCUGCUGCGGCCAGCCGCUGUGGGCCUCUUUGCUGCUGCCCUUGGCCCAGCAGCAGCAGCAGAACUUCGGGGCCCCCGGGGGCCCCCUUUUGCUGCCCCCGACUCAAGAGGUGCUGCUGCAGCCAGCGGAGACGGCUGCUGCAGCCACGCGCAGGCUGCUGCUCAAACAGCAGCAAGAGCGGGGCCAGGCGCAGCAGCAGCAGCAGCAGCAGCAGCAGCAGCAGCAGCUGCUGCUGUUGGACCUGGCAAAGCCCGAUAUGAGGGACAAGCCCGCCGCACUGGCUGCUGCUGAAAAGCCAGGAGAAAGCCAAACACCUCUUGGGCCGGGACAAGGGGGCCCCUGGAGGGGCCCCUGGGGCCCCGAGGCCCCUUCCAAGGUGGGGGGGCCCCCAAUGGGAAGCACAAAGGGCACUCCCAGGGCCCCCCCCCUCCUUAAGGCCAAGACUGAGGGUUUUGGGGGCCCCGGGGGCCCUGGGGGCCCUGACACGGGGUUGGGUGCUGCUGCUGCUGCUGCUGCUGCUGCUGCUGCUGCUGCUGCCUAUGGGGGCAGCAGCCCAGCCGUGGGCGGCGGGGGCCCCAGGGGGCCCCCAAGGCGGGGCCCCCGGGGGCCCCCUGGGGGCCCCGGGGGGCCCCCUGGGAGCCAGGAGGCGCCAGAGGCGCAAGACGAGGGCUUUUGCUGCAGCCCUUGGAGCCGUUUCUUGAGGGCCUUGUUGGCCACAGACGCAGAGAACAGCAGCCGUACACCCCAGCAGCAGCAGCAGCAGCAGCAGCAGCAGCAGCAGCAGCAGCAGCAGCGGCAGCAGCCCAGCACGGCGCGCGUUUUCAAGAUAUCAGAGCAGUCUGUGCUGCACAGCAACGGCCCCUUUUACCCAGAAAACUACUCGCGGGAGUUUCUGCUGCUGAGCCUCAAAGAGUGGAGCCCGGAGGCCGGCCUUGGCAGCGGGAUUGCAGAAGCUGAGGCAGCUUCUUUGCUGCCGCCGCUGCAGCACUUGGAGGAGCUUCUCCUUUUGCUGCUGUCGCCGGCGGUCUGUGUCUUCUUGGGGAAGAGCUGCUUCUGCUGCUGCUGCUGCUGCUGCCCCUGCAACCCCGCGGGGAAGCAGCAGCAGCCGCAGAGCAGCGCCCGGGGCAGCGGCUGCUGCAGCAGCAGCCCCAGCGCUUGCAGUGCUGCAGCAGCAGCAGCAGCAGCAGCAGCAGCAACUUCUUGCUGCUGCUUCUGCCUGCGGGGCGCAGUCUGCUACGCCGUGGUGUCCUUCGGGGGCUUUCGGGAGUUCGGCUGGGUGCCCCGCUUUCUGUGGAAAGCAGCAGACUUGCAGCUGCUGAAGGCAGCCCGAGCAGCAAUUGCUGCUGCCUUCGAGCUCCCGAAUCUUCGCAGCAGCAGCAGCGUGGCUGCUGGCAGCAAGGAGCACCCCGCUGCUGCUGCAGGAAGCAGCAGCAGGGGCGUGGCUGCUGGCAGCAAGGGGCGCCCAGCUGCUGCUGCAGGAAGCAGCAGCAAGGAGCGCCGCGCUGCUGCUGCAGGAAGCAGCAGCAGGGGCGUGGCUGCUGGCAGCAAGGAGCGCCGCGCUGCUGCUGCAGGAAGCAGCAGCAAGGAGCGCCCCGCUGCUGCUGCAGGAAGCAGCAGCAAGGAGCGCCGCGCUGCUGCUGCAGGAAGCAGCAGCAAGCACUUGGGCGCUCCCUGGAAAGCGGGGGAAAGCAGCGGGAGCGAAGCCGCAAGUGAGGCAGCAGCAAUUCAAAAUAAUGGAGAAGAAGAGAGUGGGGAGUGGGCCGGAGAAGCUGCUGCUGGUUCAGCCCUCGAGGGUUUGCUGCAGCAGCUGCUGCGCCCCAAGCCGCGGCUGCAGCACAAGCAGCAGCUAGCAGCCGCCGCGGCCUCUGCGCCUCUGCGCGAAAGAAAAACAAACUCAGAAAAGACUCCAAGAGAACAGCAGCAGCAGCAGCAGCAGCAGCAGCAGCAGCAGCAGCAGCAGCAGCAGCAGCUUCCCCCCGGCGGCGCCGCCCGCUGCUGGGCCGCGCUGGACCUUGCGAAGCAGCAACAAAGGCAGCAAGGGGGGCCCCCAGGGGUUUUGCUGCUGCUGAGGACUUUUGACUUGGAAGGCAGCGAAGUGGGGGCCCCCGGAGAGGCCCUGACACUGGCCAGCGGCGGAGUUCAAGUUCGGGGGGAGGGGGGGGAGCAGCAGCAAAAGAGCCGCAGGACAGCAGCUGCUGCUUCUGCUGCUGCUGCUGCUGCUGCUGCUGCUGCUGCAGAUCCUCUUGCUGCUUCCAUUGCUGAAGCGCUGCAGCAGCAGCAGGCCCCGCAGGCGCCCCAGACGGCCACGCUGCCCGAGGGCGCUGGGCCCAGCAUGUGGGGGCUGCCUGCUGCCUGUUUGCUGCUGCUGCAGCGGCCGCAGCUGCCUGCGCUUUCCGCGCUGCAGCAAGAAGCUGGCUGGAGAAGCCUGCCUGCAGCAGCGCUGCCGCACUGGGCGGGGCAGCUGCUGCUGCAGUGCGCCAACAGCUGCUGCAGAGUCCCGCUGGGGCUGGUUGGGGACUUGCAGCGAAUUUCUGCUGCUCGCCUGCCCCCCGGGGCUUCCCCGUGGGCCAAACUGGCUUUCAAGUACAUCUUUGAAGAGCUGCGGGCCCCAGCAGCAGCAGCAGCAGCAGCAGCAGCAGCAGCAGCAGGGCCUCCCUGGGGGAGGUCUGCUGCAGCGAGGAGAGGCUCCGCCGGCGCGCAGGAGGCGCUGCUGCAGUGGCUGCAGGAGGCAGCAGUGCUGGGGCCUGCUGCAGCAGCAGAGAUCCGGAAAGCCACAGAAGAAACACAAGAGCCCGAGCUGUGGGUGCUGGACUGCAGCAAAAUUGCGGAGAAGCUGCAGAGGGAGUGCAAGACUUGCUGGGGGGAGGGGCAGCGCGCUGCUGCAGCAGGAAGCUGCUGCAGGCCAGCUGCAGCAGCAGGAAGCUGCUGCAGCAGCUGGCCCUGCGUGCUCAGCUGCUGCUUCUGCUGCCAGCUGGUGCCGCUGCUGGACGACGCGGAAACUUCGCUGGCGAAGCUGCGGCUGGAAAGCCGGCUGCUGCUGACUCCGUCGAGCCUGGCCUUCGUGCGGGGCUACCUGCAGCCGCUGCUGCGGGUGCGGCAGCGGCUGCAGCAGCUGCUGCAGCAGCUGCUGCGGCGGCAGCAAGAAGAGGCUUCGGCGGCUGGGCAGUGUCAGUGCUGCGGGCGCUGCAGCAGCAGCAGCAGCUGCUGCUGCUGCUGCUGCAGCGGCAAGAGCGCAGCAACGCUGGCGCAGCAAAACCGCCGGAAGCAGCAGCAAAGCCUCGCAGUGGACAAGUUCCUCGGCUGGGCGCUCUGCGGCGGCCCCGUGCGGCACCUGGUGGGCUUCGGCGUGUUCAACUUCCGAGUCUUCCCGCCGGACUCUCUCGUGGACGUCGGCGGCCACACGGAAUCUCAAAGAGUUUUCUUUUGGAGAAUAUUUUCCGCAAAUUCAAUUCCGAGAAGUCCGCAGGACUUCCCGCAAGACUUCCCGCCAGCGCCGCGCGCGGCGCCGCUGCUUUCCUUCCGGGAAGCGCUGGAGCUGGGCCGGCGGGAAAGCGCCGGGGAAAGCUUUCCCUCCGGCGUUUCUGAGGACUUGGAAACUUCUAAAACGUUUUUUGCUGCUGCUAAGUUCAUUCGAAACUUCGAAAGAGAAGUUCCCGAAGAAGACUUGAACUCUUCGUUCAAGUUCGCCCAACACCUCGCUGGCCUCCUCGCCAGGCGCUGCAGCCAAAUGGCCCGACAGCCCCUCCUGCGGGCCCCGGAAGUGCAGCAGCAGUUCUCCCUCGAGUUCUGGGGCGCCGGCAGCUGGGCUGCGGGGGGAGGCAGUUUGCUGCAGCAGCAGCAGCAGCAGCAGCAGCAGCAGCAGCAGCGGCGGCAGCAGGGAACAGACGAAAUAAGUCUAAACGAAUUCCUGCAGACUUUGCUGCGGCCCGAGGCCCCCCACCUGCGCAAGGCUCUGGUCCCGGGCGACCUUUUUGACUGGCAGCAGCUGCUGCUGCAGCAGCAGCGGGAAGCUCUUCGCCGGGAAAGGGAAGCUGCUGCUGCUGCUGCAGCAGCAGCUUCUGCUGCUGCUGCUGCUGCUGCAGACUGGAGAAACGGAAAAUGGACUUCAAGUCCGGCUCUGGAGGAAGAGGCCACGCACUGGCGCUGGGCAGCAGAUGCUGCAGACCUGCAGCAGCAGCGAGCAGCAGCAAGGGCUGCGCAGCAGCAGCAGCAAACCUGGGAAAGGGAAAGGGAGCUUCAAAAGCUCAAGGAAAGAAGAAGACAACUCGAAAGAGAGGCCCUGCAGCCUCCAAACCUCCACGACUUCUUUUUUUCUUGA